GUCAUCCACAGAGAGACACACAGUUUGCGUGACUACACUAAAAUAGAAUUUUCUACAUUACUUAACCAAAUAAUAUACUCUCGGUUAACACACAUUUCAAAAACAAACACCAUGAAUCAUCUGUUAGCCAAGUCUGUGAUGCGCCGUUUGAUCAGCGGCGGUGGCUCCAUCCGCUCGGCGUCUCCGGCGCCGGCGCUGACGAUAUUCCGGGCAGUGACUGAAUCGGCGACGGCGAGGAGAGAGAGCUUAGUGUAUGUGAGGGGAGGAGGUGUUGAGUUGAUGAAGAGGAUGAUGAGCAGUGAGGCGGUGAAGGUGACGGAGGAGAAGAAGGAAGUGAAGGAGGAGAAGAAGAAGAGUGAGAGUAACGUGGUGGUGUCGAGUUAUUGGGGAGUGGCGAGGCCGAGGAUUACUAAGGAGGAUGGUACUGAGUGGCCUUGGAAUUGUUUUAUGCCAUGGGAAACAUAUCAAGCUGACUUGUCGAUAGAUCUUGGUAAGCACCAUGUACCAAAGACAUUUCUUGAUAAGGUGGCUUACAAGACUGUGAAACUACUAAGGAUUCCGACGGAUGUUUUCUUCCAGAGGCGAUAUGGAUGUCGUGCAAUGAUGCUAGAAACUGUAGCAGCUGUUCCUGGUAUGGUCGGAGGUAUGCUGCUGCAUCUGAGGUCUCUCCGCAAGUUUCAGCAGAGUGGAGGUUGGAUUAAGGCGUUGCUAGAAGAAGCUGAGAAUGAGAGGAUGCACUUGAUGACUAUGGUUGAACUUGUGAAACCAAAAUGGUAUGAGAGGUUUCUGGUUCUUACCGUGCAAGGAGUCUUCUUCAAUGCUUUCUUUGUUCUUUAUAUGAUGUCCCCCAAAGUGGCACAUAGAGUUGUUGGGUACCUGGAAGAAGAGGCAAUACAUUCAUAUACCGAGUAUCUGAAGGAUAUUGAAAGUGGUGCAAUUGAAAAUGUUCCUGCUCCUGCUAUAGCUAUUGAUUACUGGAGACUUCCUAAAGAUGCCAAACUAAAAGAUGUCAUAACUGUGAUCCGUGCUGAUGAGGCUCAUCAUCGGGAUGUUAACCACUUUGCUUCUGACAUUCAUUUCCAGGGGAAAGAAUUAAGGGAUGCACCAGCUCCGCUUGGUUAUCAUUGACACUAUUUGACUACCACAUAGCUAUAUAUCUCUGAAUAUAAUAAGAUCUUUGUAUCUACUGUAUAUGCCAUACCCGCUGCUGGAUAUCGUAAUUCAGAACAAGUCACACGACUAUAGUAGAGAUGCCAUGCCUACUGCUUAAUAUUGUGUCACUCUGAAGUAAAUCAUGAUAGUAGAGAUUCUUAUCACGUUGUCGCCAUAUGGUCCAUUUGGUUGAAUGCCGUGCACAAGACAGGUUGUUUGUGUAGAAUUGAUUGGAUUUUUAAGAAACAAUUAUUGUUUAUUUUAA